CGUAAUGAAGACGUUAUGCAUUGUUAUUAGUUAUAAAAGCUGCGAUACGAUGUAUAGUUCUAUUUCUUUCAUGUUGCUUUUAAGAAGAGCCAUUUCGGUUUCUACAGUGCAAUAAAACUCGACGUGUAUACCUACCUACGAGUAUUAUUCUGUAAUUAGUACACACGUCAAGAAAACAUAUCAUCGAAGAUCUUAAUAAUUGAGCCUGCUGUCGGUUUAUACUGUUUGGAUUUUUAGUGUCCAGAGAAACGUCUACAAGGAAUUCGAUAAUUUCAUCUGACACACCGGUUAUUAUCAAACGCUACUCAGCCCUACGAAUCGAUUUUUGGUCAAUGAGAAGCCAGUAUGCCUUAUCUUAGAUAUGUACCCGCUUCAGAAGGAUUCAUACCAGACGACGCGCUAGUUGUAGGCCAUGAAUCGGAUAAUUCGAAAUUGUACGGUGCAAUAGCAGAACAUAAUGGAUGCAUUAUUCCUGGAAAAAUUUCAUCGCGAAGUAACGGAGCCAUAGUUGGAUGCGAUUUGCAAGAACACUUGAAGAAUGAUUAUGAAAUUUUAUGUAUCGAUUCGAAUCUUGUUCAAUGGAUCAGCGAUUCAAAUGGCAAAGUGCCAUCAAAUGCCAUUCCCGUGGGAAAGCAUUUGAAUGGAGAAACUCUAUAUAUGGGACGUGCUCACUACGAAGGCGCUUUAAUACCAGGAAAAAUUCAAAGUAGUUGGAGAUGCCUAUUUAGCACACAUAAUGGACAAGAAGUAGCAAUCUUCGAUUACGAAGUAUUGACAUUUAAAAAUCCAUCAUCAUCCACAUUCGAGGCAUUAACAACAGAGCCAACUAUCAGAAAUAGACCUGCACGCUGCUCUCCAUUGAACUGCUGCCAGUUAUCCUGUAAGCGUUUCAAGAUGAUCUCGAACAGAGUCUUGCGAAGUUCCAGUGUCCUUUUUUCCUGCUGCGUUUCUCGGGAUAUCCGUAAAAUAAUCAGAUUGGUACCUGCUUCGAAUGGAUUCAUGCCAGAUGAUGCGUUGGUUGUAGGUCAUGAGGCGGAUCAUUCGAAAUUAUUGUACGGUGUAAGAGCCGAACAUAAUGGAUGCAUUAUUCCUGGAAAAAUUUCACCGCAAAGUAACGCAGCUGUAGUUGGAAGAGAUUGGCAUGAACAUUUGAAGAAUGAUUACGAAGUUUUAUGCGCAGAUCCAAGCGAUGUUGAAUGGGUUAAAGGUUCUUAUGGCGAUGUACCAUCAAAUGCAAUUCCUGUAGGAAAGCAUUUGAAUGGGGAAACUUUCUACAUGGGACGUGCGCACUAUGAAGGUGCUUUAAUACCAGGAAAAAUUGAAAGAAGCUGGGCGUGUUUGUUCAUCACACAUAAUGGACGAGAAAUACGAAUCACUCAAUAUGAAACUUUGACUUUAAAAAAUCCAUCGUCACGCAAUAUUCGGGCACUAGCAACUACCACAUUAUUGUGACCAUCAAUAACAAACCUACAAACGUAUUGACCUUCAAAUAGAAGUAAACAAACAUAUUUUUUCAUUUAUAUGUAAUACUUACUUAAUAUCUCUAGAUGCAUUGUUAAACCUUUGAUAAUUGUUUUUCACUUUUUCAGAAGUAAAAAUUGAUACCAAA